AGAAUCCCCUUCGGUCACUCUGUAUAAAAUUUGCAUCAUCUCUCAUAUAUCUUAGUACUCUCUUUUUCUUCUCUCUCUCAUCCUCUCUCUAAAAUCUGAUUCGGCUUUCUCUCUCUAGCUUCCGUGUUUUGUUCACCUCAUGCAUGGCGAAUUGGGAUCCAGUUGGGGAUUAGGGCACGGGAACUUUACAUGUAUUUGGUCAAAAUUUUGGUAAAGAAGAUGUGAUAUUCGGGCAUUUGAGGGGGUGAUUUGUAGGUAUAGAUAUAAUUGACAGUUGUUGGAUUGUUGAUUAGGGUUUUGCAAAGUUGAAGGUCAGCAAAGGAGGUUUGGCAUGAAGGGGCCUUUAGAUCGAACCAAGGUGGUGCUGCGGCACUUGCCUCCCUCAAUUUCUCAGUCUUCGCUUAUGGACCAAGUUGAUACUCGCUUCUCCGGCCGAUAUAACUGGGUUUCUUUUCGCCCCGGCAAAACCAGUCAGAAGCGUCAGUCCUAUUCCAGAGCUUACAUUGAUUUUAAGAGACCAGACGAUGUUAUUGAGUUUGCAGAGUUUUUUGAUGGACAUGUUUUUGUUAAUGAAAAGGGUACUCAAUUUAAAACAGUUGUUGAAUAUGCUCCUUCUCAGCGUGUUCCAAAGCAGUGGUCCAAGAAGGACGGACGAGAAGGAACCAUAUUGAAAGAUCCUGAAUAUCUGGAGUUUCUUGAAUUUCUUGCAAAGCCUGUUGAGAAUCUUCCGAGUGCAGAGAUUCAAUUGGAGAGGAAGGAAGCAGAACGAGCUGGUGUCGCGAAGGAGGCUGCUAUAGUUACCCCUUUAAUGGAUUUUGUUCGUCAGAAAAGAGCAGCUAAGAGUGGAACCCGGAGGUCUGCCUCUAAUGGAAAAUCAAAUAGGAGGGUUAGUGGAGCAUCAAUUGGAGGUCCUAGCUCAAGUUCAUCUAAACGCGGUUCAGAGAAGAGGAGGAUGUCUACAACAAUGUACAUACUAAGGGACAAUGCAAAGGCCACAAGUGGAAAAGACAAAUCUACAUAUAUUCUGGUUCCAAAACAAGAUGAUCAGCAUCUAUCUGACAAAUCCGUUACUUCUGCUGCUGCAUGUGGGAAUGGGGGACUUGAAGAGGAAAGUGGAGAUUCUGGGCCAACCGACUCUGGGAAGAAGAAAAUUUUGCUUUUGAAAGGAAAAGAAAAGGAAAUUCCUCAUAUGUCUGGUGGUUCACCAGUGCAACAAAGUAUGGCGUCUCCUUUUAAGAAUCCUCCUAGCUCUGCUCUGAAACAGAACCAGAGACGUGAGGCUAGUGGAAAGAUCAUCAGAAGCAUAUUACUUAAGGAUAAUCGCCAGAAUCAGCCUUCUUUGGUUCGGUCUGACCAGCAAAACCAGACCGUGAACUUGGAAAGGGACAAAAGACCUCCUCGCCCACCGAGUGUGCAAUUGCUUCAGAAGGAUGCGAAUGUAGCUUCAGAUGAUAAGGUCCCUAAUGAUAUACAUAACAUCCACAGCGAGAAGCAGGAAAAACGCAUGAGGAAUAAGGAUAGACCUGACCGUGUUGUUUGGACUCCUCUUCGGCGCUCAGAUGGUUCACAUACCAGUGAUGAGUCCUUAUCAUCAUCUGCUUCUCAAUCAGCAGUGGAUGCUACUGAAGGUACUCAACUUGAGAUGAAAAGUGACUUGUCAAGUGCACGUGGAGGAGAGUUCAGACAUGGUGGAAGCGGUCGUGGUAGUCAAUCUUCUAUGGAUAAUGGAUCUUAUAGACAUGGGGGUCGCCGUGGAUCUGCACACGUGAAGGAUUCCGAUGGUUCUUCACUUGUGGAUGGUAAACCAUUAAGAAGAGGUGGUUCUUCUGGCUUUGGUUCCCAUGAGAAACAAGUCUGGGUUCAAAAGUCGAGCAGUGGUUCUUAGUUGUUAUGUGUGAAAAUGCUUGGUCAAUUACCAUACUGAAUAUACAUCCCCUUGUGGGUUGGAGCUCUCUUUUGGGAAAGUGAAGAUCGUGUGUGAACAGAGUUUUCAGGAGCAGAGCAAGGGUUCAUCUCAGAAGGCCUUACGAAAGACCUCAGUUUGUCAGAAGGUUGCAUAUACUGGUUUAUUUACUGUUCAUUGCGAGGAAGAAAUUCUGAUCCUACCUAAUUGAAAUUGAUCGAAACUAGGAGAAAGGAGGAAGAGAAAUAGUCACUAUUAUCGCCUAUUUCAGCACCAGUUUUCAUCCAAGUAAUGGCUUGGCGGGGUUAUACUGUCGGUUGGAGCCAUGGGUGAACUCCUUGCCAUUGACUGGGAUAGAAGUCGAGACAUUUUAACUUAUAGUGGGCGGUUUCUUUUCGCUGAACUGUAAAUACAGAUAUUAGAUGGUGUGUACUGCCUCCAUCCCCCCCCCCCCCCCCCACGCAUAUAUAUGUAUGUGUGCUUCUCCGAUAGUAUGUCCUGUGGCAUUAGUGGUGAAUAUAUAUAUAUAAAGUAUAUGUUAAUAUACUACUAAGUAGCAGUACUCGACUGAAUGGUAACUGGCAUUGUAAAAGAAGGCCUUUAGUCUGGAAUUAUGUACUCAGGAGUUUUUGUUGUGAUUCCGAGGGUCUUUUGAGUGUAGUGGAGAAAUGGAAUUGGGUUUUGGCAGAAGUUCUUUGCCGAGUUA